CCUACUGUGUAGUACCCCCGAGUCGCAUUGUCUCUCGAAGUGAUGACUGAAGCUUGCCUCCUCCUCGUACAAAUAUGCGCCAACACUGGCGACGAAGACUGGAUACUUCCUGUCCCAUAUCUCAAUGGAUGAUCACGUCCAAGGCGCAAGUUCCGGAGCUCAACUUGUGUCCGUCCCACUGCGGCCGCUAACGUCUGAGACGACAUGCCUCAAGCUUGUCUCUCCUGCGUUGUCAAAUGGAUGUAGCCUUGCUAUCUUCAGUCGCAAGCAUGGGGAAGCCAAUCGACUCGCGAACAAAUCUCCAUGAAUAUACAUACUGAACGUGCACUGACUGUUCUCCAUUUCCACGUCUGGCAUCUAGCGAAGGCCGCUUCUUAAGACACGUCUCCACACAUCAAAUGAUUGUUACUGUGACUUCGCAGCCUAUUGCCGCGGCCAAAGCAAGGACCCCUGGGAACAUCUCGCGCCAUCUAGGGAUCGUCUUGUGAAAUCCUGGUUUCGCGUUUUCAAUGCACGAUGACGAAAUAUUUGCACCGGUCCACGAGACUCAUAUAAAUGGUGUCAAUGCUCAUAAUCUAAUCACACCAUUCGACACGCACUACCAUGGCGCCGGUUGCAACUGAACUCGCCCAAUCCACCUCUGAGCGGAUUCAGUCUCUCAAGGAACAAGCUAAAGCCGAUGAAGAUGUGUCCGUCUUCAAUCCCUUCUACUCCCCUUCAAUUGGAGACGAUGGGGAUGCGUCAUAUGAACAUGCUCAGUACAAGCCGUUCUUUCCCAAAGUGUCCUGGCCACCCUUGACGGAGGUCGAAGUUGUUGACCGCGCUCAAUUCGCCGAUCCCUCUAAGAAGAAUCUGCUCGGCGCGGCAAGCAAAGUCAUCACUCUCAACCCCACUAUCGGGACGGAGCUGCACGGCAUCGACCUGCGCCAGCUUUCUGAAGCGCAAAAAGACGAGCUGUAUGUUUUUCUCCGCUUCGAAGAGCAUUCGCUGAGUAUUCGCAGUGCGCUGCUUGUUGCAGAACGAGGAGCAGUCUGCAAGUCAUCCCUCGUUUGUUCCUUAUCUUCAGAGCUAACGAGCCAUCCCUGCAGUCUUCCGAGACCAAGAGAUCGAUAUCAACGGACAACUGGAGCUCGCCCGUCACUUCGGACCUCUGCACAAGCAUGCGACGACGCCUAUUCCUCAGAUCGGCCUGGAGGAAGUACAUGGUCCGUCCCUGUCGUGUACAAUGACUCUUCUCGUCGCCCGGAUCCUGCUGCAUUCUCAGCCCUAGAACUGUGGCACAGCGACGUCUCGUACGAACUGCAGCCACCGAGUACGACGUCGCUUAAAGUCAUUGCGGGCCCCGAGUACGGAGGAGACACGCUCUGGAGCUCAGGAUACGCCCUGUUCUCGUCAUUCAGCCCGGGCUUCCAGAAAUACCUCGAGGGCUUGAGCGCAGUGCACAGCGGUGUUGCACAAGCCGAAGGAUCCCGUGCUGCUGGACUGCACGUUCGCAGAGAACCCGUCGAAUCCGUUCAUCCCGUUGUCCGUGUUCAUCCGGUCACAGGAUUCAAGAGCAUCUAUGUUAACCCGGGAUUCACACGCCGUAUCGUUGGCGUGCCAAAAGCGGAAUCCGAUGCGCUGCUGCAGCUGCUGUUCCAACAGCUAUCGCAGAACCCUGAAUUCCAGGUUCGCUUCCGGUGGGAAAAAAUUCGGUUGUCUUCUGGGUUUGUAGACAAUCGCAUUGUCACGCACUCGGCUACAUUCGACUUUUGGCCUGCGCGCCGGCACGCUCUUCGCGCAACUCCCCACGGCGAAAAGCCGAUUUCAGUGGCUGAGUAUGAGGCAUCUGGAAAAGUCGCCAAGGACCGCCGCAUCGAGGUUUGGCGGCAACAGGGCUUGGAGCCGCCCCAUGUUGGCGGCGGACCGGCCAAAGUUCGCGGGUACAAUGAUUGAGAGCUGUAAAUGUACAUAUGUAAAAGUAGAUCCAGUGAAACAAGACAAGAGAAUCACAACGUUUUCAACGA